AUGACGGAAGCAAUUAAUAAAGUGUCCUCACACAAGGCUCUACGGCCUAAUGUGUGUGCAGAACAGGAGCUCUCCCUGAUGGCCCUGCACCAGCCAUGCAUACAAGCAUUUACACGCAUGGCAAAGGUUUGGAAGCAGGGCUGUUCUGGGCACCGUUGGUGUCUCAGCUAUGAACGGAGGACAGGGUACUACAUGGCCUACAAACAGGUGUACAGCAUGGAUGUUCACACUGUAUAUCGGUGCUGUCCAGGCUGGUUACAACAUGCUGAGGAAUAUGGAUGCUUGCAUCAUGUUAAUGAGUGCACAGCUGACAAUGGUGGCUGCGAAGGGCAAUGCUGCAACACCAUUGGCAGCUUCUACUGCAAGUGCCCUAAGGGUAUGAGGCUCAACCAGGAUGGAAAGGCCUGUGAGGAUGAGAAUGAGUGUUUGGAACUGAAUGGGGGCUGUCAGCAGAACUGUGUCAACAGUGCAGGCUCUUUCCUCUGUGAAUGUAGCAUGGGAUUCCGCUUAAACACAGACGGGAGAAGCUGCGUUGUGGAAGAUCCCUGCAUGGAUCAAAAUGGUGGCUGUGCCCAGCUCUGCAGCGGUGAAGAAGGUCAGACGCGCUGCAGCUGCCGUUUGGGCUACAGUCUGGCUGCUGAUAGUAAAAGCUGCAUGGAUAUUGAUGAGUGCAGUUCAGGGCAAGCAAAAUGUAGUCAUCGCUGCAUCAAUACCCUCGGGACUUUCAAAUGUAUGUGCAGCCCUGGCUUUGAGCUGGGAAUCAAUGGGAAGCACUGCUACCGAAUUGAGAUGGAGAUUGUUAACAGCUGUCAGAAGAACAACGGAGGCUGCUCUGAUACCUGCCAACACACUGCUAACGGACCACUCUGCUCCUGCAGUCAAGGUUAUCAACUAGCUGAUGAUAAUAAAACCUGUGUAGACUUUGAUGAGUGUGAGACUGGCAAAGCCUGCUGCAGUCAUUUUUGCAAGAACUACCCUGGGGGCUAUGAGUGCCACUGCGAAGCCGGCGACAGACUGCAUACUGAUGGCUGUAACUGUGAGGCUCAGCAGAAGAGUGAAUUUGAUGAGAGUGACGAUGAGGAUGUGGAUGUGCGCCAGCUGCCAGGCCUGCUAUUCCGGCAGCUUCCAGAGCUCCUACACUAUGAUGCAGACUCAGCCUAUGAAGCCGAUGAAGAGGAGAGUGGGGAUGAUGUGUGGGCGGAGCUCACUCUCAUUAGCAGGACCGUGUGUCUGGAUGGCGCUUUUGGGGAUGACUGCAGUCUGAGUUGUGAAAACUGUGAAAAUGGGGCAAUAUGUGCUAAGGAGAACAAUAAAUGCGACUGCCUUCCAGGGUGGACUGGAAUCAUCUGUAAUGAAACAUGUCCACAGGGAACUUUUGGUCCAGCUUGUCAAAGUGUCUGCCAGUGUCAGAAUGGCGGAUCCUGUGAUCCAGUAACUGGGACGUGCCACUGUCCCCAUGGGGUGGAGGGGGAAUUUUGUGAAGAUGGUUGCCCAAAGGGGUAUUUUGGGAAAAACUGCCAAAGCCGGUGUAACUGCCCCAGGAAUGUGCAUUGUCACCGCUUGUAUGGGACUUGCUUGUGUGCCCCAGGGCUGUAUGGGCGUUUCUGUCAUCUAGCAUGUCCAAGCUGGACAUAUGGAGCAGGAUGCUCUAAGGAGUGUGCCUGUGUGCUGGAGAAGUCCUCAGGGUGCAGGGCUAACAAUGGCUCAUGUGUGUGCAAGCCAGGCUACCAAGGAACUGCAUGUCAGUCAGAGUGUGACCCUGGCUUUUAUGGAGAUGGCUGCAUAGAGCAGUGUGACUGUCCUGCUGGUGUUAGGUGUGACCCCAAGAGUGGCCAGUGUGUCCAGAAUUGUCCAGCAGGACUUCAUGGGGAGAGGUGUCAGCUGGAGGAUGUUUUAUCUUGGCUUGCAACAUGCCCGGACGGUUUUUACGGCCUUGACUGUGGCCAGAUGUGUGAUUGCAGGAAUGGUGCCCACUGCAACCACAUCACAGAAGUCUGCCUCUGCCUGCCUGGCUGGACAGGAGCCCAGUGCAUUCUGGGUAUGGACAGAUCCCACAUCAUUAAAAAUGGGUCCUGUCAUGAAGGAACCUAUGGACGACACUGCAAGGAGAGAUGUAAAUGUUCCAACGGGGGGCGCUGUGACACCAUCACAGGCACCUGUGAGUGCCUGCCAGGAUUCCUUGGAGCCAACUGCAGUAUUGCUUGUCCACCUGGACGCUAUGGGCAGGACUGUGGCCUGAUUUGUUUUUGUGGGAAUGGAGAACAGUGCCACCCAGUGACUGGAAAAUGUACCUGUGCUCCAGGCCGAGCAGGACGACAUUGCCAGCAUGCUUGUCCCAGGGGGCGUUAUGGAGCACAGUGCUUGAAUAUGUGUGCAUGUUGGAAUGGUGCUGCCUGUGACCCACAUGACGGGACAUGCAGGUGUGGGCUGGGAUGGACUGGGAAUCACUGUGAGAAAGGUUGUGUUGCUGGGAAAUAUGGGCCCACCUGUGAACUGGACUGCCAGUGCCAAAACGAUGCAGAUUGUGACCGCUUUAACGGGUUCUGCCACUGCAAAGCUGGCUACUAUGGCAACUCCUGUCAACAUAGGUGUCCACCUGGAUUUUUUGGAAAAAAUUGCAUCCAGCAAUGCAACUGCACAAACAGUGAAUCGUGUGAUCAUGUGACUGGACUUUGUUUGUGCCGGCCGGGCUUCAACGGAUCCCACUGUCAGACAAUGUGCAAAGAAGGUACAUUUGGACAGGGUUGUCAGCACCACUGCGACUGUGAGGGUAGGGCCCCUUGCCAUCCAGCCACCGGACAGUGUCUCUGUCCUCCUGGGAUGACCGGAAAUCGGUGUGAAAAAGACUGUGGAGAGGGUCGCUUCGGACCCGACUGCUCUUUGCAGUGCCAGUGUAGCCACCAUGCCCGUUGUCAUUCCUCGACUGGCCACUGCGUGUGCCCUCAUCCCUGGAUAGGACCCACCUGUACGGAAGAGGAAAAACCAACUCCUGAACCCAUACGUGCCCAGAGCUCCAUGCAGUAAAAGACUCUUACGUUUGCAGUUCUGUGCAAUAGCUCAUGGGAUUAACUCUCAGCGCUAAGCCAAAUGGAGUUAUGGGGGGGAUGCAAAAGAAUACGUCAACCCAGAGGACAACACAAUUUGCAAGCUUCUGCGAUACGUUACUACACAGGAUUCACAAGACAGUUCACAUAUCCAAUCAAAUUGCUCCAAUGGCUAUAACGUUCAUAUACACGUAGUGUGAUUGCAGUGUGGAGAUGACCUCUCUUGCCAAGUUUAUGCAUACCAUCCAUGUGCUUGUGUGUAUAAUGCAUUUUGAUCAUGUAAAUUUCCUUUUUUGAUGAAGGUUUUUUCCACUGAUGCAAAUGACCGAAAUGCUGGAGAAUAGAAUUGAAAUUUCUAAUAUUCUAUCAAAAAAAGUUGCUUUUUUUCUGGAAAUAUAUGGUAAAUG